CCCAUUUCUCCCUUUAUGGAGACCUCCGACUGGUGGCGGCUCUGUGGCAGGGCUGAGGCUGUCGUCCCGGCACCUCUCCCCGGGGAGUCAGCCCCGUGUCCUGGGCCAGGAGCCGUCUCCCCGGCGGGGGAGGCCGUGGGUCCGGCGGAGAGCUGCCGUGUCCCGCCGGGGCACGCAGGGCUCUGCGGGCUGGGGGCGAGGGGCGGCUCCGCCCGGAGCGGCCUCCUGGGAGCAGCAGUAAUGUGUUAGCGAAACAAUGGAGAUCAGCGGGCCCGCUUCUCGGAGCCCUUCGACUGCUAACCGUGGAGGCUGUUCAAAGCAGAAACAAGCCCCUCCGUUGCCCAAAAGACUCGGUAGAAAAAUGUACAAUUCAAUUUUAAUGCAGAGCAGUAGAAUGGUUUCGCCUGUCUCGUCUAUUGGGCGAACAUGUGGGGGUAAUAGAGAGGCCGACUCUCCUAUAGGGGUCUCUAUUUGCAUGCCGUAUGUGGCUAUAGGCUGCAACAGCUGCUUAUAAUGAACUUCUUAAAAAAGAUAAAUACAUGUGCAAACCCAGAGAAGUUUUCUAAAACCGGCCUAAAAGACAAUGAAAUGUCCUGCCAGAAAAUACAGGAGGCGGAAGAUAUUUUAAAAAAAAUAAUAUUAGGUGCUGCCCCCAGAAGCCUCUAGCCUUCGCAGAGUUGCUGGCAGCGCUGCCCGAAGGAGGACCCCGGCAGCUGGGGGGAUGCUGGAGGCCGGGGACGCCCGGGGGUCGGGCGGUGAUGGGGGGAGGUGGUGUAUGGAGCGGUCUGGCAGGGGCGAGCCGAAGCACACGGCUCGGCCUUGACUGCCUCUCUCCCAAAUCUGGUUUUCAUAGAGACGCGCAGUAAUUACCUAAAGCCGUAACUGUCUCCGAAAUUAUUCAUUAAAGUCAUUCCCGGGAAUCUAGCGUCGCGAGAGCCUACAUUUAUGGCCUUUGCGCCCUCCGAGCGUGACAUCGUCUCUCGCCUUGCGUCCUCGGCGGCGGAGCGUUCAGCAUCGCGAAGAGGAAGGGGGAGACCGGGCUGCUCUCUCUUGCCUUCCCCUCGGUGUGUUUGUUUGCGGGGGCUCAGGUUGCUUUCCCCCUUUUGGCAGAGGAGAGCGAUGCAACCCGGCAGAUACCCUGGGAGCGAGGAGGGUAUUUUGGGGAGUUGCAGUGUUGUGCGGAAGAUCAUGUCUGUGCCCUGUGGUGCUGUCAGCGGUGACAGAUCCCAGAUGCCGUCGCUACUGUAUGGCAGAUUGAGUUUCUCAGCAGAAAACUCUCUCCCUCCCUCCCAAACGUCUUCAAAAACCUUCUCCAGAUACUGCGGGUCACUUCGGCUCAAACGGGGAGAGAAAGGGGGAAAAAAAGGCUUUUGCUCUCUCCUCCCUCUCUCUUCCUCGCCUCGGAGCUCUCUGGGGUGUGCGGGGGGCCAUGACCGGGCCCUUGUGCACCCGGGGGGCUGAGGCGUCCCCUCUCCCCCCCGUCCAGCUGAGAGCCCGUCGCCGAGCACGGGGACCGUCGUCCAGGAGCGCUCACUGUCAUCUGUGCACGUAUUUACGGCCUAAUGAGAGAGUCCUGAGGGUCACACGGGACGGUGCCGCUGCAGAGAUAUAUGUAUGCAACACGUCGCUCGCAGGAUGGCCUGAGUUUCCAUGCGCGACAAGGGCAUGAAGCACAUCCAUCCUCGGGAGGUGCAGGCAGGCUCGGGGAGCUGCUGUGGCUGGGGGACGGCUGGGCGAGCACAAGGGCAGGGAACCCUCUCGUUCCUCUGCUGCAGUUUCCUGCGUGUGAAUUCCGCACUUUCUGGGGAAAUUUCAAAAAAAAAAAAAAAAAAAGAGAAAAAGAAAAAAAAAGGCUCCUCUGCUGCUCUGGCUGGGGCGUGUGCGGUGGGCGAGGGCAGCAACCCCGGGGCUGGGACCCCAUGGGUACUGCGGUGAGCUGCCAGCUGCGAGCACUUUCAAUAUUUCGCUGCUCUCCCUCCUUGAAUCCACCGCACUUUCCGGGUCGGGGCUGCCUUGGCAUCCUUCGUACAGCAUCCUCGUGUGCUGGGGAUAUCCCGGGGCUGGGCUGGGAUUUAAAGGGCUCUGAAGAAGGCAGUUUGCUGUUAGCAAACCGGUUCUGGCUUGGCUGCGGUGCGAGUCCCGGGGGUGCAAGGGAGGGGAGACAAACCCGUGGUUUGGAGCGCCGGCUCCGGCAGGCGGGGGUGUGCCCCUUCCCUGCCCCGGACGGUGCCCUGGCGGGGUCCCUCGGGCACAUCCCACGCCCAUCCAGCGGCGGCAGGAGGCAGUGGCCGCCACCCCGGGGCUGCCCGCUCCGAGCCCCUUCCCUCUGCCCUGCCCGUACCUGGCGCGGCGGGCGUCUGCACUCGCCGAGCGGGGGGUGCUAAAGGAAUGGGAAAAUUAUCCCCACACACAGUUUUUAAACUUUCUGGAGCUUCCCCUAAACAAGCAGCAGCCUCAAAUCGCUAGAUCUGUGAGGAUUUUAUACUCACUCCCUCUCCCAGAGCAAGGCGCUGCUGGCGCAUUAGGCACUAGAUAUAGGAAUAUGUGAACAUAAACAUAUAUGUGGGGGCACGGAUUAAAAAGCUGUGCAUCACCUUGGGUUAAGGGGUUUUUUGGUCACUGGCUCCUCCUCUGUAAACCAGCUGUUAGAAAUUGUGCUCCCCGAAAGACAACGAGUUCGGAGUGUUUAAAAUUUAUUUUUCUCCCUGCUCUUGGCGGAGAGAAGGUAAUAUCGUGCUGGACACAGGGAGGCGAGAAGAGGCAGUAACUAACUGUAACUAAUUUUCUAGAGGUAGAUCACCUCAAACAUGUGCUUCAUGGUGUUUUUUUAUUUGUGAUGGCCUAUAAUUGUAAUAUAUGUCCAUAGUCU